GCUCGAGCGCGACCAAACAUGACCAACAAGAACCCGAUUCGGUUGCCACCCCUGCGCGUGCUCCGCGUGCGCCAUCCAAAUCGCCCGGAGUCGAAUCCCUGUUUGACUGUGAUGUCCUCAGUCCUCGCAUGCUGGGCGUCCGCUGGUCAUACUGGCAGGGGCUGUACGACCGUCGAGCAGGCUCUGCGCGCAUGCAUGGACGCCCCGCCGCCGCCGAAAAAGAGCUCCAACACCAUCAACUAUCAUCUUGCCCGGUUUUCCAAGAGACUCAUUGCUCAGGGCAAGAAGAAGAAAUAGAAUGCACGCCGUUGCAUUGACGAUAAGUGCAGUGGCCUCCCUGCACUAAGGCAUCGGACAACACACUGGGCCAUUGUGGGAUAUGCUCCGAGGAUAUCGAGAAGGGUUAGGGCUCUCACGCUCUAUUUCCAGCCCAGAAAAGAUGGAGGGGCACAACGGGGUAUACAAGAGGCAGUAUCGGGGCUGUACCAGGCGCCCAUAGCGUCUCGUCCAACCUCUAUGACUGCAAGAUCAAUGGCCGGCGCACGCCAAACACAUGGCCGGGGAACCGGAUGUACGAAGAUGAGCUUGGGAAGAGUGGGCCAUUUGAGCCGUGUACUACAAUGUAUUACAAGAAAUAUUACCCAAACCAUCGUGAGUAAUGAUCAGGUGCAUUGCCC